AUGGGGCUUGAUCAAGAUCUUCAGAACUGCUUGACUAAAAACGGGUAUAACGAGGCAAAAUGCACCAAGCUUGUCGAAGCUCUUUACCAGUGCUGCAGCGCGUUUUAUGAGAAAAACGGUGACGGCGCAACAACAGUCAGCUGCCCGAAGCCGGACCUGCUACGACUGAAGAUGGAGCAGCGGAGCAAAGGUGUCUAG